AUGCUGUGCGCAAAGAAAAAGAAGGAACAUCGACGUCCAGAGGGAAGCUUUCCUGCCUGGAUGUUUCUUGUGCCGAGUGUGACGCUGUUUCUGCUGCUCCUCCCUCACAUGGUGUGCAACGUGCCGAGCACGAACUGUGCCACCUCUGACCCCCCUCCCAUUCCCCAUGAGUGGCAGCAGCCAGGCGAAGUCCUUGUCGGCGGGAUCAUAACACUGAUCAAUAUUGUGUUCGCCAACUUGAAAUUCAAAGAAUGCCCUUCUCGGGAGGCAAUCGACACUCAAGUCGUGAUAACCAAGUUCUAUCAGCACCUUCUGGCUUUAGCAUUUGCUAUCAAUGAGAUCAAUGAGAAUCUCAAAAUUUUGCCGAACAUCACUCUUGGGUUCCACAUCUAUGACAGCAAUUAUGAUCCUAGGAUGACCUACCGAACCAUCCUGGACCUCCUUUUCAGAUCAAAGAGAUUUCUCCCCAACUAUAAAUGUGGUGUGCAAAGAAAUGUAGUUGGAGUGAUUGGAGGCCUGGAUUCCGAUACUUCCUCAUGCAUGGCAGAGCUCUUACAAGUAUACAAGAUUCCACAGAUUUCAUACGGGUCAUUUGAAUCAACAUCUACGGACGAAACCCAUUUCCCUUCAUUUUACCGCAUGGUUCCCACUGAAGCUCUUCAGAUUACGGGGAUCGUCCAAUUACUUUGGCAUUUCAAAUGGAAAUGGGUUGGACUUAUCAUUAUAGAAGAUGAUGGUGGAGAUAAUUUCUUACAUUCAAUGGAGCGUCUGUUUUCCGAAAAUGGAAUCUGCUCAGCUUUCACCAGAAGAGUUCAAAAGAAUGCCCGAUCAUUUAAUUCUAAAGAAACUAUCAUUUGCAUUAAAAAUAAUAUUCCAGAUUUCAUGGAGAGCAGCACCAAGGCGUGUGUUAUUUAUGGGAACACUCAAACUGUUACAUGGUUAGAAUUUAUGAUAUGGCUUACAACAGUUUUCCUUCCACUACGGUUCCCAGGAUAUAAGGGUAAGGUUUCUGCAGGAAAAGUAUGGAUCAUGACAUCCCAGACUGAUUUCUUGGCCAAUCUGUUUCAAAGAUAUUUUGAUAUUCAAAUGUUCCAUGGUACUAUCUCCUUCGCGAUUCACUCAGCAGAACUUGCAGGAUUCCAAGAAUUUCUUCAGAAUACCAAUCAUUUGGAGGAAAGAGGAAAUACAUUCAUCCAGGAGUUCUGGGAGCAAGCAUUUGACUGUUUAAUUCCAAAUUUGGUUAGACCCACAGAUGCUGAUGAAGCAUGCACAGGAGAGGAGACCCUAGAGGACCUUCCUACAACAUACUUUGAAAAGAGCAUAAGUGGCCAUAGCUAUAGUAUCUACAAUGCUGUCUAUGCUGUGGCUCAUGCAUUGCACAGCAUUUAUACAUCUAGAUUCUUCUUGAGAAGAACACAGGAUAGUGGGAGAUGGACUCCUUUGAAUGUGCAACCCUGGCAGGUAACAUCAUCUCAAUGAGAAAUACGUAUUGUCAUGAUGUAAGUUCUACAUGAUGCUGUAACUCAGAUUUUUUGUGUUGGCCACUCAAGUCUACUGUAUUUCCCCAAAUCAUUUCCUUUAAUUGUCAGAUACUGGUACAAUGAAUGGUGGUG